GCAAGCUGGCGCUGUUAUCUUAGGUUAGGUCGUAGAGGGGGAAAUGAACGAAUGAUUAAGCGAGCGAGUGAGAGAGAGGGAAAGACGCUUCACCGUACGAAAAAGGUGGAAGAGUGGGAGAAGAAAAGACGCUGCCGGUGUAGUAAACCCAUUGUUUCAGCAACAGGCAACGAGGACGGAUCGUGAGACGCGGGACGUGAAAUUAUUUAACAACGCUUUCGCCACAUACACAUUAGGACGAAUAACAUCGAUCAUUUUUUAUCGGUUGUGAACGUAGACAAGAAUUUGUAAUAUUUAAAACGUUUGUGAUUUUUCGUAUCUUCCUGUAUUUUUUGUGCGUAGUGAAAUCGUACUGCCAGAUCCAGCGUCAUGGUUGCCGGUACAAAAAUGAUGAACGUCAGGGUGACGACGAUGGACGCCGAGCUGGAGUUUGCCAUCCAGCAGACGACCACCGGCAAGCAGCUUUUUGAUCAAGUUGUUAAGACAAUUGGUCUUCGUGAAGUUUGGUUCUUUGGUCUUCAAUACACUGACAAUAAGGGUGAUCUAACGUGGAUCAAAUUGUACAAAAAGCGUGGACUUCCGUUCUUGUCUAGGGUGGUACCGAGUGGUCUUCGAAAGAUCUUCCACGUAAUGAACCAGGAGGUCAAAAAGGAGACCCCAUUGCAGUUCAAGUUUCGUGCGAAAUUUUAUCCCGAAGACGUUGCGGAGGAAUUGAUACAGGAUAUCACGCUUCGUCUCUUUUAUUUGCAGGUGAAAAAUGCUAUUCUCAGUGAUGAAAUUUACUGCCCACCUGAAACAUCCGUAUUGCUUGCAUCUUAUGCGGUUCAAGCUAGACACGGUGAUUUUCAAAAAGGAAUUCACACUCCCGGCUUUUUAGCUAACGAUCGCUUAUUACCACAGCGAGUUGUGGAUCAACAUAAAAUGAGUAAAGAAGAAUGGGAGAGUUCGAUAACUAAUUGGUGGCAAGAACAUCGCGGUAUGUUGAGAGAAGAUGCUAUGAUGGAAUACUUGAAGAUUGCUCAGGAUUUAGAAAUGUAUGGAGUUAAUUAUUUCGAAAUUCGUAAUAAAAAAGGAACAGAAUUAUGGUUGGGCGUCGAUGCUUUAGGUUUGAAUAUUUAUGAAAAGGAUGAUAAACUUACUCCUAAGAUUGGUUUUCCUUGGUCUGAGAUAAGAAAUAUUUCUUUCAACGAAAAGAAAUUUAUUAUUAAACCGAUAGAUAAGAAAGCACCAGACUUUAUUUUCUUUGCUACAAGAGUGAAGAUUAAUAAGAGAAUUUUGGCACUUUGUAUGGGCAAUCAUGAAUUAUAUAUGCGUAGACGUAAGCCGGAUACUAUUGAUGUUCAGCAAAUGAAGGCUCAAGCAAGAGAAGAAAAAAUCGCGAAGCAGCAGCAAAGGGAAAAAUUGCAAUUGGAAAUUGCAGCGAGAGAACGUGCAGAAAAGAAACAACAAGAGUACGAGGAAAGGCUAAGAAAUAUGGCCGAAGAAAUGGAUAGGCGACAGGCUGAAUUAAACGAAGCUCAAGAGAUGAUCAGACGUUUGGAAGAACAAUUGAAACAAUUGCAGGCUGCGAAGGAGGAAUUAGAAGAUCGUCAAAAGGAAUUGACGGCAAUGAUGGAAAAGUUAGAACUCUCUCAUGAAAUGGAAGCCGCAGAACGUGCUAAGUUGGAACAAGAGAUUAGAGCUAAGCAAGAGGAGGUGCAACGUAUACAAUCCGAAGUAGAAGCAAAAGACGCAGAAGCUAGGAGAUUACAGGAGGAGUUUGAAGCUGCCAAACUUAGGCAAGAGGAAGCUGAUCGAGCUUUCCAAGCUAGUACAACUCCUCAUCAUCAUCAUGUAGAAGAAAAUGAGGAGGGAGAGGAAGAAGGCGAAGAUGAGGUUCCGAAUUGUGAUGUUACUAAAGAUCUUGCUACGGAUGAAUCAAUAAUUGAUCCAGUCGAAGAGAGACGUACUUUGGCUGAAAGAAACGAACGUCUUAACGAUCAAUUGAAGGCAUUGAAGCAAGAUCUUGCGCAAUCACGAGACGAAACCAAGGAAACUGUUAUGGAUAAAAUUCAUAGGGAAAAUGUUCGUCAAGGACGUGACAAGUAUAAAACGCUUCGUGAAAUUCGCAAGGGAAAUACCAAACGUCGUGUCGAUCAAUUUGAGAAUAUGUAAAAUAUGUGCGUAUAUUUAUCCACACGCCCGAAUGCAUUUUUAUUAUCUCAUUUUUUAAAUUUCAUCUAUUUCGUAUCAUUAUACGAAAUGUUAUUAUUGCACAUGAGAGAUAGAGAGAGAUAAAGAGAGAGAGAGAGGAUUCAAUGUCCUACGUAUAUAUCACUAGAUUUUUAUCGUCAUUCCUUUGAAUUGAAAAUUAUCUUAUAAUCGAUUUUUUAAUUCUUGUGCCACGCAACGUAAUUGAUACAUUUUUUUUUUUUUUUUAGAGCGAUUUAUAUAAUCCUAUCGCAUUGAGACACUAUUCAUUCUCAUCAUCAAUAUCCAACUUAUAAAAUUCGAUUAUAAACACAUUAUGGCAAUGAAUCUAAACUCUUUAUGAGUUUAGCAAAAAAGGAAAGCGACGAGCGAUUUAUUAUAUUACGAUAUCUUCCAAAUAUGCUUCCAUAUAUCAAUUAUGAUUCAAUAUCAAACGCGCUUCAUUCUCAACAAGUUUUAGGUAUUGAGAUAGAUCAUUUGUGUCUUUUCUUCGAGAUCAGAGUUAUAUUAUUCUCUUUAGUAUAAAUAUUUUUUCUUUCUUUUUUUCUUUCCUUCUUUCUUUUUUUAAAUCUUGCAAAAAUACUUCUCAUAUUCGUUAGAAUAGUAUUUGGCAAUAAGCUAACUCACUCUCUCCUAAUUAUAUUUAGCUAUUUUCUAUCUUUGUUCUCGUGCUCGCGUUUAUUAUAAUUCUGUCGUCGAGAAUGUGCUAAGAAUAUUAUUAUUAUGAUCUAUGUUCCUUAUUAUUCGUAUCAUGAACAACAAAAAUUUCGAACAUUCGUCUUCUUCUUUUUCUUCUUCUUUUUCUUCUUCUUCUCUUAUAUAUAUUUUGUUCUCGUCCUAAGUAUUAUCGUUGAUCGGUUAAAAAAAAAAAAAAAAAAAAAAAAUAGAAAAAAAAACGCUUUCAAUAUGGUGCAGACAUAACUUUCCUUUAACAAUUACCACGUUACAUUUUUUUUUCGUCAUGGUCUUCAUCACACGUACAGGAUGGAUCAAAAGUUCCUAGAUUAUUUUAGAAAUCAAUUACUCUUUUACUUCUUUACGAGAUUCUAUAACUAUAAAUCUAGAAAGGCUUGAAAAAGAGUAAUUUAUUAUGAAAAUCGUAUAGGAAUUUUUUAUCCAUUCUGACAAUCCGUCGUUUAUUCUCCGUCCUUCGUUAAAGGAUAACAUUCGAAGAAAUACACACACAAACACAUAUCCUCCCCUUAGCACGUAUAUUACCACUUGACAAUUGUCAAUGAUAACGUGGCGAUAUAUAACUGCAUCUCCGAGUUCAACGAGAUAUAAAUAGUUUUAGAUUUGGGACAAGUGUGUAAAUUAAAAAAUUCGUACUUUUCUCUCUCUCUGAGGGUUUUAAAUGAAUCCGAAUACAAAGUUGAUUUGUAUUUUUUUUUCUUUCCUUUUUUUUUAUAUAUAUAUAUAGAAAAAUACCGAAAAUUCUGAUUAGGAGAAAAGUUUAUAGAAUUAAAACUGCAAUGAAUAAUAUAUUGGCGUUUGUUUAGAAUGUGUUGUGAACAUAGUAAUAACGGAAAGAUAACAUGCAACAUAUCUCUUUGUUAUAACUCAGUCUUAUUGCAACGUUACAAUAUGUGUGUGAAACACUUACAAUUUAAUAAUGGAAGUGGUGUAACUAUGAAAAAUCUAUUGAGCGAAUAUUUUCUUUCCUUUUUUUUUCUUUUUUUUUCUCUUUUUUUUUUUCUUUUCUCCUAAUGAAUCCUUAGACAACACACAACAAUGAGCGAGUCAUAAAACUUAUGUGGCUUAUAAAACUGUAUUUUUGCAACUUUUAGCACGUGCGAAUUUCUAUAUUAUUACUGAUAAGCGCAAUUUCUAUAUUUAACACUUGUGGCCUUUAUCGAUAUACGUACGUUGAAUCAAUAUACUGUAGCAAACAUAGAAGCUUAGGGACUUAGCCCUUAGUUUCACAUAUUUUUUCAUGAAAGCCCAAAUCAACGUACACGAGAAAGAUAGAGAUGGGAUGAAUGAAUGAAUGAAUGAGAGAAAGAGAGAGAGAGAGAGAGAGAGAAGAAAAAUAUGUUUUAACAUAAAAAUUCUCUGUGUAUAUGUGUGAGAGAAAGAUUGAAUGAAGUAAUGAAUGAAUGAACGAAAGAAAGAAAGAAAAAAACUAAAAAAAAAAGAAAAGAAAAAAAAAUCAAAUAAAUAUGAUAAUAUGGUUGUCUGGUACACCAUGUAAUUCUUUGAAACGAUUCUUUUCUUUUUUUUUAUUUAUUUUUUUAUCUUAUUAUCUUUUUUUCUCUUUUUUUUUUUUUAAAGGAAAAUCAUGUGGAAGAAAAAAAGAAUUUGAUAAAACUUUAAGACACACAACAAUCUCUUAAUGCUGCCAAUUUUUUUUUUUUUCUUUUCUUUUUUUCUCAUGUUUUGAAGAAAUACUAUUAAACGAUAAUAAUAAAAUACAAUCAUUUUUGAAUCAAUGUUAGGUAAAGGAAGAGAGAGAGAGAGAGAGGGAGAGGAUUGUGAGAUAAUUAUUAGAAUGAUUACAGAGUUUGUACUUUGGUAAUGAUUUAUUAUUACACGUUAUUGUAAUAUGCAAAAGAAAGAUUAACACUACAGGAGGAACAAUAAUAUAGAUAUUUUUUGAUUAUAUUUAAUAUUAAAAUUUAUAAAUUAGUAACAUUAUAUUAUUAUUAAUAUUUACAAUUUCGUAGCGUUAUUAUUAUUAUAAUUAUUAUUAUUAUUAGUAAUUAUUAUUAUUAGUUGUAGUAAUAUUAUUAUUAUUAAUUAUUAAUAUUAUUAUUAUUCAAGGAAUAGUAUCGAAUGAAAGUUAGAACAGAGAGCAUUUUAUAGUCGUCUAUUUGUACUCAUAAGUAUAGUGAUUAUACGUGCAUAUAUAUAUAUAAAAAAAGAUAGUUAAGCAUGACGCACGAUAAUGUCACUUUGUAAGAUUUGAAGAAUAGACGAAUACAGUUUUUAUAAAUAAUUCGUCUCGAUACUCUACCAACUAUAAUAAUAUUUGGAUACUUAGAUUUCAUAUUGAGACAUUCCAGAGAAUAAUUGUUGGUGCAGUGUCCGAUCUACGUUAGGUCUUUGGUCAUUUUCUAAUCUAAUCUAAUCUGCUAAAAUUGUGAAUUUUUUGUGCUAUUUGGAAGAAUAUUUUAUACAAUAUAUUUGGAUCUUAUAUCUGAGAAUAUACAUAAUGGUUAGGACACAAAAAUGUACUUAAUCAUUUAUAUACAUUUGUAUUUGAAAAUUUCAUAUAUAGGUAGAGAUGAUUUUUAACUGUUGUGUCUUUUUCUAUACUUCUUUUUUUUUUUUUCUUUAUCUUUUUCUUUUUCUUCUUAUCAACGACAUACGUAUAUGAUUAAAUAUAAACGCGUUAAGUAUUCUGACGUAGAUACGUGAACGAACGUAAUUCAGAGAAGUUUUUUAAAAGGUAAUGCAGAACUGUGUGUUAACAUAGUUACUUUUUUGCGCAUCAAUUCUUAGGUCUCAGACAAAGUCUCUUCGUUCGUCGCACGAUCUGUAAAUAUGUAAAUCAAAGUCAUUAAGUUUUUCUAUUUCUGGCUCCGUGAUAGAACGAACUUGUUUUCGUUACCUUUUCAUCAAAUGCACCGAUGGACUGCCUAUAAUUGUGCUGUGUUAUGUCUACAUUCAUAAAUAAUUAUCUGGUUGUGUCUACCGCGUUGUAAUAUCCUCGGUGCUAUAACAUUUUUUAAGAAUAUGAAAGAUAGAACUUUUAUAAAAACAAAAAUGUCUGGAUAAAUUUUCAACAUUGCCUUCGUCGUGUUAAUCCAACUUUUCAUUUUUCUUUUUUAGAGACUUUCUCUAUAUCUUUUUAACACACCAUUUUCGCGCAAUUAUUUUAUUCAACAAUUCAAUCAAACGUAUGCAUUAGGAGAUAUACACGUGAGGUACAGAUGCGAAUACAACUCUUUUAUUUUAUUAAUAAAAAAACACGUAUAAAAAGAAAGAUAACAUUUAUUUGUUGGUACGAGGAUAUAAGAAAAUUACUUGUAUUUAGCUAAGGAAACUAGAAAUUGUUUAAAUAAAACAAGUAGUAUCGUACUUUUUCGCUUGCGUUGUUGUCUUUAGUUUUUUUAUUUAUUUCUUUAUUCGGGAGGUGGAGACUCCGUUAAAAACGUAGUCGAUCUGUUGUACCGACGUGUGUUAUCAGUGAGGUAUGGUAAAUUUUUAGAUCGACCGUCGAUAUUGUAGAUUUAGUGUUGGGAACCUUCUCGCGCCAUCUAUUAGAUCAAUCGGAAUUAUCGAAAGUUUUUCUUCGACUCUUCUUCGAUCGAUCGAGCAAUAAAAAAAGAAAAGAUCUGCGCAUGUAUAAAAUACCUGCGCCUAAAAGACGUCUAGGUAGACGUCGACCCCGUCGAGUUAGUUGGUUGUCAACGCUGUUUUCUAUCGAACAAUGUUUUUUAAUUCAACGAGAGAAAAAAAUGUCGAGGAAUUGUUCAGUUCCGAUUAUUCCGAUGACGAAGGCAACGACGUCAG